GUGCAGCGAAAUAAAACAGUAAAUGGACUGUGUUCUUUUUUCAAUAAUUGUCACUCUCGUUUGUUUGGCAUUUGAAAUCAGAUGUGUUAAUUUGUGCGAAUUGAUUAUUUAAUAAAAAAAAGAAAUGAGUGAAUUACCAGCAACUGCAAGUACAUUACAUAUACAAACACGACAACGUUCUGAACAAGUUGUGAAUAUUGAACUAAUUGGAAGAAUUUCUCAUCAGAUGACAUGUGCUAAACUACCAUCGAACAAACAAAUACUACAAUUACUAUUUUAUAACAUUAGAUUUGUGUAUCGGCAAUUGAGAGAAAGUGCAAAAUUAACAAUAUGUAAAUGCUGUAUUAAUAUUUUGGCAACAAGCUCGAAUUCCGACAAAAGAUGUAGCUAGGUGUGUCGAUAAAUUAAAAUCUCUGUACAAAUUAUAUCAGAAGAUUCAAAAAACCGUACUAAAUGAGAGAUCUGAUGCUCAGAAAAAAAUUGUUGAAGACUUUUCUGCAGAAUUGAGUAAUUUGUUUGACAUUGCUCAUAGAGAUGCUUUACAAAACAUGCGUAUUAGCGAAGACAAGGAAUUUUUGAUUCUACAAAGGCAAAAAGGUCGUCCUGGUAGCAUGGCCGCAUUGAAAAAGAAAUGUCUAGAAAAAGGAAACAUCAACAAAUGCCGGAAGUGAAUCUCGAACUCAAAGACGAUUUUGGUAUGGACUAUGAAGAAGAUAUUGGUGUCAGUGAGCCUGAAGUAGCGGAAACCAAUGUGAAAAAAAAUACAAAACAAACUGCUUCAACUUGUAUUAACAGGGGAAGAAAACAUUUUAUCACACCGCGAUUGCUUUCAGCACUUGAUAGCGCUAAAGUAAGCGAUGGAAAGGCGAUGCACAUUCUGAUGGCGACUGCAGAAGCAUUGGGCCAUUGCACUAGCGACUUGGUAGUCAAUCGUUCUACUCUCCAUAGACUGAGGGAAGAGCUUUGCAGAAAAGAAACACUGAGGAUUCAACAGAGUUUUAUUGACAAACUAAGUGAUACACAAGCAAUGGUCGUCCACUGGGAUGGUAAAGUAUUGCCGGAUCUAAUUGGAAAAAUAAAAGUUGAGCGAAUUGCAGUGCUUGUUAGUUAUAAUGGCGAAUCCAAAUUUCUAGGCGCUCCAAAACUUAUAUCUGCCACUGGUGAAAAUAUAGCUACAGCCGUUUUUGAUACACUUAGUAAAUGGAAUAUUUUAGAUCGCGUAGAAGGCAUGUCUUUUGACACCACGUCCACUAAUACUGGUCCAAUGAAUGGAGCAUGCGCUCAAUUGCAACGCAUGUUAGGAAGAAAUUUGUUGACUUUACCGUGCCGUCACCACAUUCUAGAAAUAUACUUGCGUAGUGUAUUCGACCUGCAUUUCAAAGAGACUCAAGCACCAGAAGUCUCAAUUUUCGAGAGAUUUGCCAAAGCCUGGCCAAAUAUUGACACUUCAUCAUUUAAGAGUGGGCUCGACUGUGAAGAUAUAAAAUCUCAUAUAAGUGAUGGCAUCUGCAAUGACAUCAAACAAUUUUGUCAUUCACAAUUACAAAAAACUUUUGUUUGUGCUGACUACGAAGAAUUUUUACGUCUAAUACCUACAUUUCUUGGUGACAAUGGUGGUAAAUUUAAAAGUUACAAGUCAUGCACGUUGGAUGUCAAAGGGAAUCUAUUCCUUGAAAAUAUUUCUUUUUCGUGAUCAAUCGUUUAUAUAUAUAUAAAAGCUUGAUACAAAUGCUCUAAUGCAAUUACCUCUCCCCCGCAUGAUUUAAACUUUGUAAAAGAAUGUAUUAAUUAUGAAAAAGUGAACCCAAGUAUUUCUUCGGAAUUGCUGAGAAAAAUGUAACAACACAUGUGGUAUUUGUCAGAGGAAAACGUCGCAAUGGCUUUCUUUGAUUUCAAUGUUUCUGUAGGUGUUAAGAAAAAAAUGGUAAAAAAUUUAAAAUCAGAAGAGCCAACUAAUAAACUACAAAACAAUCGCAAAAUAAAAAAAUUAAGUGACUUAGGCAAUUCGGAUUUAAGCGAAUUUGUAUCCAAAAGAACUUUAACAUUUUUUAUGAAGUACAAGUUGUCAACCAACUUUUUGUAUUUGGAUCAAGAGUCUUGGGAAACAAACGAGGAAUUUCAAAAUGGUCGCGCAAUAUGCCACAAAUUGCUUGUUACUAAUGAUACAGCGGAAAGAGGUAUUAAAUUUAUAAAGGAUUUCAAUACUAUUCUUACAAAUAAAGAAGA